CUAACUUAUAGAGUACCGCGUGACCUUCAGUGAUCCAGCGAAUAGGAGACACACGCGUUUUAGUCCACGGCGCGUUUUUUGGAUAUUUCUAGUGAUGUUUUAUUUUUGCCUAGUGAAAUAUCCAACACGCCUAUAUGUGUGUUUGGUACUGAUAUAUAUCCUCUCUGUUUGUUCAGGAACAUCAGAGGAUUUAAGAUCAAAGAAAAAGAGUGGUGGUGUUGACGUUCAAACAGCUCAAGAAAAAAAGAAAGUUAAAAGUGACCUAGAACAUUUGGAUGAUCCGGAAACUGUUGAGAAAUUCCUACGUGAUUUUCUAGAACCUGAUUUAUUAUUCUCUCAAAUUUUAAAGGAUAAAGAAGAUCCAGAUGUUAGCUCAGAGUCAAUAGAUAGUCCAUUAGACACACAUGUAAAAGAUGGAGACCAAGAAUCAACAGAUGAUAUUAUGCUCGAAUGGAGUACUAAUGAUGUUACAACUGACGGGACUUCAUCGGUCGAUGAUGAUAACUCAGAAAAAAAGACCGACCCAUUAUCAAAUGAAGAAGAGACUCAGGAAUCAAGUGUACCUCAACAUUUGUAUGAAGAAGCUAUGAAUCUUUUGGAGAAAGGAGACAUUCAGUCAUCUGCUGGCAAAAGUGCUCUGGAACUAUUAAACGAGGCCUCCAGACAGGGUUAUACAAAGGCUCAAGAACAGCUUGCUUUGCUGACAUUACUUGCAGGUCAUACACCAGAUCCUUUUCACAAUGCUUAUUCAGCAUUCGAGCAACUAUCCAAUAGUGGAAAUCCUCGUGGUCAAUUCGGUUUGGGGUUUUUGUAUGCAUCCGGAUUACAUGUUAACGCAAGCAUUCCACAUGCCUUGAUAUAUUUUACAUUUGCUGCUCUCGGAGGAGAUAACUUUGCAGAUAUGGCACUGGGUUAUCGUUAUUGGACGGGCGUGGGUGUUGAGGAAGACUGUGAAGCAGCACUAACACAUUAUCAUCGAGUGGCCAAAGUUGUCUUUAAUGAAGUAUCUGAACGUUCUGAAGCUGGGGGUCCAACUCUCCUUGGACCUAUGGUACGGCGUGCACGUCUACUGGACGAAGUGGAUACGAAUAGUCAGGAUGGAGACCUUACAAUUAGCGAAGACUUAUUCCAGUAUUAUCAGUUUAUGGCGUAUAAAAAGAAUGUCAGUGCAAUGAUUGGCUUGGGUCAGUUAUACUAUUAUGGUAGACACGGCGUUGAAAUGGAUCACGAAAAAGCCUUCUACUACUUCAAUCUGGCUGCAGAAUCUGGAAGUGCUAUAGCUAUGGCUUAUUUAGGCGAGAUGUACAUGGUUGGUAGCGCUGCUGUUCCUGCAGAUUCAGCGAAAGCUUUGAAGUAUUUACGCAAGUCAGCUGAAGAAAACAAUCCAAUCGGACAAACAGGUUUGGCACUAGCUUAUCUACACGGCCGCGCCGGUUUACCAGCUAAACCAGUCACUGCAAUGGAGUUAUUCUUAAAAGCUGCUGAUCAGGGUUGGCCUGAAGCGCAAUUGUAUCUUGGUCGACUCUUCUUAGGUACCCAUGGAAUAAAAGCAGACUAUAAACUAGCCUUAAAAUACUUUACUAUGGCAUCACAACAGGGUAAUGUGAUGGCUUUCUAUCAUUUGGCUGAGAUGCAUGCAAAAGGUACAGGAGUAUUACGAUCAUGUAGCACUGCUGCUGAACUUUUUAAAAAUGUAGCUGAACGUGGUCGUUGGUCAAAAAUGUUCAUGUCUGCAUAUUCUGCUUUCCGUAAUCGCCGUUAUCAUGAGGCAUUUGUUACAUAUCAACUUUUAGCAGAAUUAGGUUAUGAAGUGGCUCAGAGUAAUGUGGCAUUUAUUUUAGAAGAAGAUAAAGCUCCAGGUAUACCAAAACAUGAACUUCAUAAACGUGCGUUUACUCAAUGGCAAAGAUCAGCAACACAAGGUUCAACAAGUUCGCGUGUAAAGUUGGGUGACUAUUACUACUAUGGACUUGGUACUGAUGCUAAUUAUCAGAAGGCUAUCCAACAUUAUCGAAUUGCCUCUGAUCUGCAUCACAAUGCACAAGCUAUGUUUAACUUGGGUUACAUGCAUGAACAAGGAUUAGGGCUGAAACGAGAUCUUCAUUUGGCCAAACGAUUUUACGAUAUGGCUGCUGAAGCCUCUAUUGAUGCACGGAUAGCUGUGUGCCUGGCUCUAAUACGCCUUGCAUUUUAUUUUGCUAUGGAGUUUUUCAGUGAAUCCAGCUUUUUCAAUUACAUUGGACGUAUGUUUAAUAGUAAAUCAUCGGAGAAUUCAGAAUCGAGUUACACUGCUGACUCAUCCUCAUCACCGUCUAUGCCAAGUACAACAAAUCCUAAAACAUCUAUGGAUUGGGAUUUUUAUGCAAUACCAUUUUUAGCUGGAUUAUUAUUACUAUUUAUUUUUUAUAUUAGACAUAGAAGAAUUUAAUAUGCCUUUAAAUAUUUGUACAUGUAAUUGUUUCUUUUGUGUGUGCGUUGGUCAUGAUUUUGAGAAUGAAUUCAAGUUUUUUUGAAUGUAUGUGUGUUGAUGCCGCAGAUUUCAAAGUUGUGAUAAACUACUUUGUUUCUUUUUUUUCUUCUUUCUCUUGUCCAUCUCUUUUCUAAUCUCAAUACUUUUUUUCUGUUUUGAUUUUUUAAAAUUUUUAAUAUGGACAUUUAUGUCUAUAGAAUGUAAAGUUAACUCUCCCGCUCCUUCCUUUGCUCACUUUUGUGUAUGUGCACUUUGUCCAAGCUUCUUGCUUGCACGUUGUUCUUUCUCUCUUUUUCAAAGAAUUUAUCUCCCGUCACCAAAUGUGUUUGCCUUUAUCGCCAUGUGGUGUAUCUUUCCCCUGCAGAUACGACUGCAUACAUGCAUAUGUAAUAAUGUUUUCUUUAACUUGUAUCUUCUUCAUCAAUGCGAAUUCAGGAAUCUUCUUCUCUUUUUUGUCAAUAAACUGUUGAAAAUAAUUUUUAACAAGUGAUAAAAAAUUCAAGGCCUGUCUUUUAAAAAAAGGUAUCUUGGGUCACCUAAAUUAAUUAGUAAGUCGCUGAUGAAACCACUUAUUGUAGGAAGUAAAGUAGUUGAACACUAUCUAAGAAGAGCGCCUAGUCAUUUACGCAAAACAUCUUGAUUAUUUUGUUUGCUAAUCGUUGAUGCCUAGUUUCUUACUUGGAAGAAAAAAUAAUACAACACACAAAUGGUUACUUAUUUCGCU